AUGAUUAUUCAUGUUGCUAAGACAGGGAAGAACUCUAGUACGCGGUCCUUUUGGUGAUCCGAAGUUCCGACUAACUUCCAUAAUAAUGCGGCGCGCAACAUGAGUCGACAGCAGGACGCACAGGGAGUUGUCCUCACCGGGUAUAUCAGCAACAGCGAAGCCUUACCAACGUCGGCUAUACAUUCUAACGAUAAUGCCGAAUCCUCAGCUACGAGUCGCAGAACCGGACAUUACAUCGUCCACAGCCGACCCAAAAAUGCCUCGGCGAAGCCCCCCUAUGACCGCUGCAACUCCCAGGACUCCCUGGACGAGCUGUCGAUGGACGACUACUGGACGGAGGUGGAGAACAUCCACCAGAGCGGGGGGCAGGGCCCUGACACGGAGCCGCAGGAGGAGGUUCAGCUGAAGGUCGCUGACGAGGGCGAGCAGGAAGAGGCCUGGCUGAUGGAGGCCGGGUUGGCCACCCUGUUUGACCCUGAGUCAGCGGCGGACCCUGAGGACAGUGUGGUGUUCCUGUCCACCCUCACGCGCACGCAGGCGGCCGCCGUGGAGAGGCGGGUGGAGACGGUGCACCAGACCCUGAGGAAGAAGAACAAGCAGCACCACGUGCCUGACGUCAGGGACAUCUUCAAGCCUCCGGGCAGACAGGGGGCCGAGCUUGAAACUGUGCCUGACCAGGGAAGUGAAAAUGGGAAAGGGGAUGUUGCCUCAGCUGCAGGUCAGGAGGGUAACGUCUGUAAGAACGGGGAGAGUCCUGCAGAGCAGGGAGUGUCUGAACUCGAGACACCCCUCAACCUUGAAGUGUCCUUUUCAGAGCAGGCCCUCAGCUACAGGGAGGGGUCAAAGGGCAGAGAGGCCCAGGGCGAUACGGACGACAAGCUGCCGAACUUCAAACCACUUCGAGACAAAACUGGAAUGACCAAAGUGGGGGACCUGUCUCCCCAGGACAUGAAGAAGGUCCGGCGCUUGGUUCUUAUCGAAAUGACGGCACUCUUUGACACAUUGGGGAUCGACCUCAAGACUCACAAGGCAGUCAAACUCAAAGUUAAAGAAUUUGGCCUGUUUGGAGUUCCUCUGCCCAAUCUGUUAGAGCAGGACCAGAGGAGAAUGCCAGGGACCAAAGUACCACUAAUACUACAAAGGCUGAUUUCCCACAUAGAGGAAGAAGGCCUGGACACAGAGGGCCUCCUACGGAUACCCGGAUCGGCCACAAGAGUGAAAGCCGUAUGCCAGGAGCUGGAGGUGAAGUUCUACGAGGGCACCUUUCCCUGGGAGAGCCUGAAGCAGCACGAUGCUGCUAGCCUGCUCAAGCUGUUUAUCAGAGAGCUGCCACUCCCGCUUCUGACUGUGGAAUACCUCAACGCCUUUAUAGCUGUGCUCAAGCUACCCAACAAGAAACAGCAGCUACAGGCACUGAACCUGCUCGUCCUGCUGCUGCCAGAGUCCAGCCGUGACACGCUCAAGGCUCUGAUGGAGUUCUUCCGGAGGGUGAUUGACCACAAGGAACAGAACAAGAUGACUCUGAAUAACGUCGCUGUGGUGAUGGCUCCCAACAUAUUCAUGUUCAAGGGUUUCCGUAGCAAGAUUAGCGAACAGCAGGAGUUUGUCAUGGCGGCGGGGACGGCUAACAUCGUCCGCCUACUCAUCCGAUACCAGAACCUUCUCUGGACGAUCCCUAAAUUUAUCAUGAACCAAGUGAGGAAACAGAACAUGGAGAACCAGAAGAAGAGCCGUGACCGGGCGGUGAAGAAGCUUCUGAAGAAGAUGGCUUAUGACCGUGAGAAGUCUGAGAAACACGAGAAGAAUGUGGCCGAGGCGGACGCCACGCAGGGGUUCAUCAGAGUGCAGGCCCCGCAGUUCUCCAAGGUCUCCAUGGCAAUCCAGCUGACGGCGGAGCUGCAGGCUGCUGAUAUCCUCGCCCGCUUUCUCAGUCAGGAGAGUGGCCUUUCUGUGAAGAGGGAGGAACUGAGCCUAUAUGAAAUGGGAGGCAACAUCAAGGAGCGAUGUUUGGACGAGGAAACGUACAUGAAAGACCUGCUGGAGGUCAACCCCAGUGCGGAGUGGGUCAUAAAGUCAGUCCAGCAUUAGAACCUGCCUCGCCUCCACAUCGACCGACCUUCUUCAGAGAGAAAAGGGGAAACGCAGGCGUAGGCUUUUAGACGCCGCACCUCGACAAACGCUUCGCAGAGAAGCAGGGCUGACCUCUGAUCCUAAUUAUCACGACGGCGGAGUCGCUAUCUUCGUGCCUUGGGGGAAAAAUAAGUGAGCUGUGCUCAGUAAGGGCCUACGCUGGGCUGAUUAAACCGUGACUGACUCGUGGGCCUACGAGCCUUCCAUUUAAAAGCGCGUCAGGGCGCAAGCUGCUCGUCCUCAUUAAGCUCUUAUUGUGUGAUUCUCCUGAAGGGAAGACCCGCUCUUCACAUCGUCCGACCGCUUCUGUUAACCACUCUCCGACGUCUUCACUCCGCGCAGGACUUCAAACGCGGUCUCGUAGUUAUGGAGGAGGAGAGAUUAAUGUUCCAGGUAUGAAUGUGGACAUGGCUCCUCUCUGUGGUAGGGAUAUACACUCACUGAGCACUUCAUUAGGGUGAUCUAAUCAGCCAAUCGUGUGGCAGCAGUGCAAUGCAGAAAAUCCUGCAGAUACAGGUCAGGAGCUUCAGUUAAUGCUCACAUCAACCAUCAGAAUGGGGAAAAAAUGUGAGCGUGGAAUGAUUGUUGGUGCCAGACAGGGUGGUUUGAGUAUCUGAAUAUAUAACACUGCAAACCUCUAAGCGAAUAGGUUACAGCAGCAGAAGACUUAAAUCUUAAAAAUAAGUCUAAAGUCUAAAUACCUAAUAAAAUGCUCACUGAGUGUAUAAUCUAUUGAUGGGAUUUACGUUUAAAAGUCUCCAAGAGCUCUUCUCUUUUUUUUUUAUUAUCAAUUACUUAACAAUUGUUUGUGUUUGGAAUGGUAAGUGUUUGGAAAUGAGUCGGCAGUUAAGUAUUUGCAUAAUACUAAGAACACUCCAAGUUCAACUUAGCAGUUGUGACCAAUGUUGAUGAAUUGCUGCAGGAGGAAAGAAAUAUUAACAAAUCUGGCCCCCGUAUGCUUGAGGUCUCACCCACAGCCGCCACUAAAAGAAUAUAAUCGGAUAACUCAUGAUGGUGAAAUAGCAUAUUGAAGUCUGGCAAAAAUAUUGGCAGAAUAGUUUUAAAAUAAUUACAUUUUAGGAUAUGAUCUCCUGCAUAACCUGUCAAGGGGAGUUCAGUGGACCUCAAGUCAAUACCACCAAGCAACCUUCAAAAAGUCUCUUUCCCCCACAUAGAAGCAGACUAGAUGCUUGUAAGGCAGUUCAGUUGUGAUUGGAUCUGUAGAAUGGAGGGCUGGAAUGAGAGAAGAAAGCAUGCCCUCUAGUGGUACUUUGUAGUACAGCUGUGACAUCACUAAAACAGGAAAUGCCUGUAUUGAGUAAACCUGUAGAUCUGUACAGUAAGCACUGACUAAGCAAUUUAGGAAAUAUACAGCACUUAAAAUGUUUUAGGCUGUAGCACUCACAAAUCUAAUACACUAAUAAACCUUAUUCGAAGUUGAGGAUUUUUUCUAUUUAGUUAUUUUUCUAUUUACCCAUUUAAAAGCAGUGAACAUCCACAUCCACCCUCAUCCUGUUUUUAUUGUUCUAUUUUGUCAAGAUGCAUACAAAAGUACGACACAGUAUGGCACUUAAAUCUUUCAUAUUGGUUUAUUCCAUAACAUUUCUCUAUAAAUAAUACAGAAGUUAUCAAUUUUCCAUUUUUAACUUGAUUAAAGGUAUAAGAACAUUUCCUAAAGUGUCCUCACAAUACAUUAACACUACUGCUUAUUGUAUUGUGAUAACUUCCACUGCCCUUGAAACAUUAAUAUUCUCUGCCAAAUGACUUUCAACAUUUAAUGAGCUUAUAUGCAAAUGCAUUGCUAAUAUGCUCUCAGUACAUGUGUGUAAGGGUUCUGUGGGGUUUGGGAGCACUUAAGUAUUUUAAUAGUGAUACAGUUUUUCCAUGUUGAUUUUCAGCUGGCAUUUAAAAUAUAUAUAUAAAAAUAAGGGAAAAUAAACAAAACAAAAAAAAAACAUUCCGGUAGUCAUGGUCCCCCGAUAUGUUGCGGUUUGUCCUUUCAUUUACACAUAGAGACUGCCAAGAGUGUGUGUGUAUGUGUGUGUUGGGGUGGUGGUGGGGGAGGGGGGAUGAGCUAGCAUUUACUGCAGUGUCAAUCUUAAAUCGACCUUUUUUGAAUGGUAAAGUUUUAAACAUGGAUCUCCAGCAAAUCCUAGCAAAUCCCUUCCUAAGCUGGGAUAUUUUGAGGAAUAUGCAUGUUUAAAAAAAUAAAUAAAGUGUGACCGAAUGCGUACGAUUAUUUAUGACGUACUUGAAAAUUAAACGGAAAAUGUAUAAUUGGGUUCUGCUCAUUUCAUAGAUUGUCCGAAAAAGGAUUAAGAUGAUAACUUGACUUGCCUUCAUUUUGUGCUUUGUACUGUGAAUAUCUUUGUGUACUGCACUGUACGUGUUCCUAAUGCUUAAGAAAUGACCACUAACCAUUUUUGUAAAUAAACCUAUGCUUAAAGUA